AUGGAAGUCGACGCUGCAAUCCUCUUCAACGAACUUGGAACGCGUUAUGAAGACGCCUAUGCAGAUAGUCCCGGGCUGCUCGAAGUCACCGAAUAUGUGGUGGGCAAGCUUCCACGCAGCAGCCAUGUGCUCGACGUGGGUUGCGGAACCGGCAAACCUGUCGCAGCAGCGCUCGCAUCCGCCGGUCACACCGUCUACGGCAUUGACGUGGCCGAGAAUAUGGUGAGCAUUGCAGCCAGCCAGGUGAAAGGGACAUUUUCGAGGGCGGAUAUGCGAACCUAUACUCCUCCGGUCAAAAUGGACGCGGUGUUUGCAAUCUACUCGCUUUUUCAGAUCCACCCAAGCGACACUCAUAAAAUGGUGUAUCGGUUCGCCGAGUGGUUGAAGGCGGAUGGGAUCCUGGUACUUGGGGUGUCGCCCUCCUCGGGCCUUGUGGGAGGAACGGACGUACAUGAUCUCGUCUGGGACUGUAUGAGGUGUAAGGCGACGUGGAUGGAGAGGCCGGUGUCUGAGCUGUACUUCUCCCAGACGGCCUGGCUGAAUCUACUGCGCGAAGCUGGUUUUGCCGUUGAGGUUGAGAAUAUGUUCGACUACGUAUCGAAGGACCCCAAGCAUACACGGACCGAGACUCAUUAUUUGAUCGUCGGGCGGAAGCUGGAGCCACAGCCGUUGCUGGGACCGUAUCCAUGGCCUGAGGGCCUGCCCGGAAAGUCAAUGCGCAACGAGCCAGCUUGGAGACGGCUGCAGGGCCACCUAUUCUUGACAGAUGACGAGAGGAUGAAGCUGUCCUCUAUGCUGGAGGGCCAUCAAAGGAUACUGGAUAUCGGGGGUGGAUUGGAAGACUUCCUUGACAAGGCAUCAACAGCAAACAAGUCGGUGGAGACUUUGGCUCCCCUGUGCAACAAUCUCCCAUACGCAGAUGCCCAGUUUGAUUGUGUCAUUGCAGCCCUGGUUCUCGACUCUGUUGACGAUCUCCGCGGCGUCUUGCUAGAAGUCGUCCGCGUGGUGGACAAGUCCUCCUCGAAUGCACGGGUCAUUCUGGUCCAAGGCGCACCAUAUAAUGAAGUCCAGAAAUUAGUGAACGCCGUCUGUACUCCAUUGAGCAGCAAGAGCAUCGGACCAGCCCAUCAGGGCCUGCUGCUUCACUCUGCCAUGAAGAUAUUGGCCGAUAUCGGAUUCGGAAUGACUUCCCUCCAUCCUCUCAGUACUUCGUAUUCCUUCGACGACAAGAGUUCAUCCGACCGGAGCAACGACCUUGCCGAGAUGCUGGGCAACGUUUGGUUUCCUGGCGAAGAAAAGCUUGCGCAGAUGAAACAGCAGCUAAUUUCCCCGAUAGAGAAUCUCCUGCAUGACCAUCCCGGCUUCCUCCAGAAUGAACUAGUGAUCCUGGAGGCCGUAUUGCAUGCUCAUUAA